GCUUUGUUUUGCUACUGAGAUGGUCGAGGGUGGAUGGUUGAUGGUGGACCAUUACGAAAUCUCCCGACGACUCUUAUUUAUCGCCGUUUCUGUCAGGUCGUGUGAAUCCGACGGGCGCGCGCGCGUAGACACGACCUCCUCGAGGGCGUGAGGAAAUGAUACGCGAGUGAGAGGGCAAGUGACAGAGUGUCAGAAGCGAAGAGGAGGAGGAGAAGGAGAGUGAGGGAGAGACAGACACAGACAAACAAACUCCUCCAUAUUUUCGUCGUCGGGGUUUCGAGGGGCAGUUUUGACCUUCGUCAGGAGUGGGUUCCUCGUCUUCGUCAGGGGAGGUUCGCGUUCUCCUCCCUCCCCGCGGAGGACAGACUGCGGACGAUGGAUUAAAACAGGGCGCGUCUGUGGGGGAAGGAAGGAGUGAGUGAGUCGUCUUCGUCGUCGUCGUCUUCUGCGUCUCUCGUCGUCAUCGUCAGCGCCUUCGUCAGGAUGAUCAGGCCUUGAUUUCCCAGAGAGCUGGGUCCUGAGAAUUUGUUUUUAUCCUCGCAUACGGCCUUCCGGGCUUCGAGUUCCUCCUUGAAGAUGACAUCGGCCCCAACUUCCGCAGACGCUUGUUUAAGCAUUGUGCAUUCCCUCAUGUGCCAUCGACAAGGAGGUGAAACUGAGGGAUUUGCGAAACGAGCCAUCGAAAGUUUGGUGAAGAAGCUCAAGGAAAAACGCGAUGAGUUGGAUUCCUUAAUAACUGCCAUUACUACCAAUGGGGCUCACCCCAGCAAGUGUGUAACCAUACAACGAACUCUUGAUGGAAGACUGCAGGUAGCCGGAAGAAAAGGUUUUCCUCACGUCAUAUAUGCCAGAAUCUGGCGCUGGCCAGAUCUACAUAAAAACGAACUGAAACAUGUGAAGUAUUGUCAGUUUGCAUUUGAUCUGAAGUGUGAUUCCGUUUGUGUAAACCCUUAUCACUAUGAACGUGUCGUGUCUCCGGGAAUAGACUUGACAGGGCUCACCCUGCAAGGAGCAACCUCCACAGGUCAGCUGGUAAAGGAUGAGUAUGGUAUGCGCAUGGACUGUGAAGUUAGUGGUGGUGGUCCCGGUAGUGUUGGGGAGUCCUCCGUCACUCCUGGGCCUUCCGGAAUUGCCACCAUAACUCACCCACCACAGGGACCACAGCCUGGAGCAUCUGCGUCACAGCCUGCGGGACCCCAAGCUAGUCCAGCCUCCCCUCAGGGUGGAGGUCUUCAUCAAACGGUAGUGAGCGCUUCUCAGCAAACUAUACCACAUCAUCCUGUGCAGCACCAACAGUCAUUUCCUAUACUUUCACCCACUGGCAGUACAUCAAGUCAUAUUUCGCAAGGUCUUCAGUCUCCAACACCAUCUACCCCUAGUUCACAACAGUUCUUUACUGACAACGUGUCAAGCAACAUGAGUCAGUUAUCACCACACAUGCAACCGACUCAACAGCCUCCACAAACUUCCCCACAACCUGCUCCACCGCAGCACCAGACUUUACAGCAGCAGGCGCCACAGCAGCAGACUCAGCCUCAGCCGCAGCAACCGCAGUCACAGCCUCAACAGCCACAGCAACAGAACGGCUUCACGGUCAUGACGACUGUGGGAGGCACUCCAACUCCAGGGGUCCAGGCAGGACAGGCCACCAGUCAGUACGUCGCUGCCUCACCUCCGCAGGUUCCCCAACACUCCGUCACUUCCCAUUCCAUGUCUUCUCAGGCAAACUGGAGUGGGCAGAAUACCUUAUCGUAUACUCCAAACAUGAUGAACGAUCGUCAGAACCAUGCUUAUUGGGAUCAGCAACAGAUGAUGCAGGAUGUCCACAUGGCACCUUUGUCUACGCAACCUGGGCCUGAAUUUUGGUGUUCAAUAGCUUAUUUUGAGCUAGACACUCAAGUGGGUGAAACUUUCAAGGUUCCUUCUAGUUGUCCAGCUGUCACAGUUGAUGGUUAUGUGGACCCAUCUGGUGGAAAUCGGUUUUGCUUGGGAGCUCUAAGCAAUGUUCACAGGACAGAGCAGAGUGAUCGAGCAAGACUUCACAUAGGUAAAGGUGUUCAGCUGGAUUUACGAGGGGAAGGAGACGUUUGGUUGCGAUGUCUGAGUGACCACAGUGUCUUCGUUCAAAGUUACUACCUUGAUCGUGAAGCCGGCCGCUCACCAGGUGAUGCAGUGCACAAGAUCUAUCCAUCUGCUUGUAUUAAGGUCUUCGAUCUUCGACAGUGUCAUCACCAGAUGCAGACGCAAGCAGCCACGGCACAGGCGGCAGCUGCUGCACAAGCAGCUGCAGUUGCUGGUCAGAUUCAGAGUCCGGCAGCUGUUGGGGGAAUAUCUGCAGGUAACCUGUCUGCUGCAGCUGGAAUUGGAGUGGAUGACCUAAGAAGGCUGUGCAUUUUGCGCCUGAGUUUUGUCAAGGGCUGGGGUCCAGACUACCCACGACAAUCUAUCAAGGAGACGCCGUGCUGGAUUGAGGUCCAUCUACAUCGAGCUCUUCAGCUCCUUGACGAAGUUCUACAUACGAUCCCCCUUGAUGGCCCCCGGCCACUAGAAUGAGGCUUUGUGUUAUUGCUCAUGAAGGGUCAUCUUACCCUACUUGCUUGGGACGGAAUAUGCACUCUAGGGUUCUGUUGAUCCGUAAAUGCUCCAUGAUGUUUUUGUCCCAAAAGGCAGACAUAUGCACACCAAUCUCAUACGUAUAAGCACACUUUAGGGGAACUAAACAUAUGUAAAGUUGACAGACAUUCUUUCGCUACAAAACACAUUGCCCAAGGUAAGGUUUGAGGUGAGCAUGAGAAGAGUGUGUGUUGUUUCAUCUGUGAUUUUAUAUAUCAAUUCUUGAGAAAAAAACUUGAUGAAUUGCGCGGUAGUGAGGUCGUGAAAUUUUCAGACCUUCGUGAUUGGCGUCACAAAACUUGUGUUUUGACGAAUGAAUUUUCGCAUGAGAUCAGUCCAUGUUGAAUCAAAGGUAUUUUGAAUAUUGAAUUAUUGUUUCGUAUGCCUACAGAUACCAGGUUAAGGAAGUUCAAAACAAAUUUGUUGUAUUGCAUAUAAGACAAGUGCUGAAACUGGUGCCCAGUGUGUCAGUUUUUCAUAAAAUUUUUUCGCUCUCUAUUUCUUGGUAAGAUUUCAUUUUUGUACGAUUCAGAAAGAGGCAUGCUGAAGUCAAACGGGAGUGCGUGAUGCGACUGAAACUCACGUCACUCGAAAUUCAUCAUGUAUGCGAGAAGGAGCUGUGAAUUUGUUGCAACUGAGGAAACUCCAUCCCUAUAGUACCCAUAGUUACCAUAACCUUUAGUUAAUCAUUUCUAUGUUAUUGUAAUACAGUAUACAGCAAUGCAUUGAACAUUGGAGAGGGAUAUUUUCUAGAUUUUUUAUACAUAAAUGAUUGUUUUGGGUUGAAUGAAUUGAAAACAUGCUGGUAAGGUUGCCCCUAAAUACAGCUGGUUUGCCAGACUGAAGGGAGUUUUUUGUUGUCAGAAUCUGUUGAAGUGCUGUGAAGGAAAUAGUAUGUGUUAAUUCGUGGUUGCUGUUGCUUUUUCUUGGGAAGACACUGAAAUUUGUUAUAUUUAUUAAAUAGCUUCACUAAGAAGUAUGUAUACUUCAAUCUUUUCAUUGCUUGUAAUGUACAUGUAUGUUUGAUCAACUAAUGCCUUACAUAUUUAUUUUUAGUAUAAUUUACAAUCGCAGUUUUUGGUAAAAUUGAUUUUUAUUCCUGAAUUAUCAUUCUUUUUUGAGAUACCCUGUUUAUGUAAAACUUCCAUUUACACUCAGUGAACAAACAUAGUGUGUUGCAUUUAGUGCCAUUCAUUGCAGUUUUAGUUUUGUCUUCUGUAUAAGCAGAUUCUUUUUUGGGCCUUAGUGAGAAAGCAUUUUAUGAGUGGACAAUAUGUUUGCAUAGUAGAUUUAUUUCUGCGGUAACACUUUUUCACAUCAUGCUCAAAUUGGUCACAAGUACGUAUGUCAUUGCAGGUUGAAAGCCAUUAAUGCUUUAAAAAGUAUGAAAUUGCAACAGUUGAUCUGUUCCUAUUACCUUUACUUAUUUUCUCAUAGAUCUCUAUGGAAAAGUCUUGUCUUGGGACGACACAGGAAGAAUUGCAUUAAUAGUUUUUUAUUAGUUAAAAAUAGUAGCUGUUGACAUAAUUUGUCCCUGUUGCUUUCACUAGAGAGGAUACUUUUUUGACCUAAUGAUACUGAUAAUCUCGCUCAUCUCUUAAAUCUGAAACUGAAUGAACUGACGCUGCUUAUUUAAAACAUUGGUUUUUGUUAUUAAUCGUUUUGAUAUUCAACUUAACUUUUAAUUUUACAAAAUUUACAGUUCCUGCGCUGUGGUCGUGUACAGUAUUAGUAAGUCUUGGAAAAUAGUUGUACAUGGGAAUUUAAUCUGCAAUUCUGUAAUAGAAAUGAGUGUAAAUCAAACUUCUUGAGUUAUUUUGGUGUCUUAGAUCUUCCAGGAAAAAUCACAGCAACCACGAAUACGUCCUUUUCUAAUAUUUUUGAAUUAUUGCUAAAAUAUAAAAAAGUAUUGACCGUCCUCAAAGCAAUAAUAAUUCAGUUUAUUGCUUUUCUUUUAAUAUCGUGCACUCUUGAAGUCUCUCUGCGAUGCGAGACAUCUUGAUCAUACCUUAGCAGAGAAACGAAGACUGUUGUGGAGUAACGGAGUCUCAAUGUGGCAUGUAGGGGCCACAAAGCUGCGGACCUCGACAGGUUUGGAAAUGAUGUUCUGUGAGGUGGAAGGACUGAUGCUAUUUAGGGCUCAAACAUGGCUUUAUUAUUAUUAUUAUCAUCAUUAUUAUUAUUAUUAUUAUUAUUUAUUUUUUUCCCUUUAUAUCAGAUUCAGGACACUGCAGUUGGUAUUUAUUGAAUUUUGUAAUGUAUUAUGACCAUUUAAUCUCCUGUCUCUAUGACACAGUGUGCUGGGAAGGAUGAGGACUUUCUGGUUUGGUUUCAAUGAUGUCAUUUUAAAACAAUGAAGAUCAAAUUUUGAUUUUAUUUUUUACAAGUACUGAUGAGAUAGUUUCUUACAAUGGUAAGUAAGCCUGUAUUUUAAUAAGUGUCAAAGAAUACAUCACAGAUAUUUUUUGCUUUUGGGAGAUUUCAUAUAUAAAUAUGUAAAUAUAUACAGUAUGGUAUGAUUUUCCAGUCACUGUACAUUUUUGUCCAUAGUUAUUAUUUGAGAUAAAUUUUUAGGAAUUGAAAAAAGAAAUUUAUUGGUAGAAUUUCAUUUCACUCUUUUUAGACAAAAUUGUGGAGGUUGGGCUUAAUUUACAUUCCAUUGUAUUUCCUCUUAGGUGUAAAUGUAUUUACAGCCCAAUUUCGCUUCCUAAAGUAUAUAACGAGAUUGUCAUUUUGUACCUGUCAGAAUCUACUUAGAAAUUUUAUUUUGAUGGUCAGGUAAGUAUCGUGACCAUAUUUGAAAUAAGUAAGGAUGUGUAACGAUUUAAAUUUUUUCACUAUGUCAUCAGAGACACUAAAGUGAUUAAUAAUGUUUUUUACCUCAUUUUCUAGAGGCUGUUUAUCAUUAUGUACAGUUCAGUCAAUUUUGGAAUGUAUGUCACUUCUGAUGAAUGAGCAAAUUUUGUAGUGGAUAAAUGCUACUUUCCUUUAUAAGCAUCUUUUAACAAUUUCUCUCUCUCUCUCUCUCUCUCUCUCUCUCUCUCUCUCUCUCUCCUUCUCUCUCUC